AUGAAGCUCUUCGUGGGGCUGUUGUUUGUCGUUUGGCUUGUGUGUCACGUGAGUGGUGGUGCCAUUUCUCAUCGGCGAGUUUAUUCCACGGAAGAAGAGGCUUUCGAAUAUUUGGCCAAACUUGAACCGGAGAUCUUGUCACGCCGGAACGCGGCCAGUGAGGCUAACUGGGCGUACGAUUCAAACAUUACUGACGAAAACUUGGAAGUUAAAAAUCAAGUGGCUUCGGAGAAUGCAGUUUUUAAUAAGGAAGUAGCAGAACACCUCGCCAAAUACGAUUACAAAAGUUUUAGCGAUGAGGAUUUGAAGCGUCGAAUUGAAAAACUUGUUGGCCUAGGAUAUUCCGCUCUGUCGGAGGAUAAGUUUACCGAAAUGCUGGACGCGAUUAACAACAUGAAAGAAAACUAUGCCAAAGUGAAGGUUUGCGAUUACCAUGAUCGCACGAAGUGCGACCUGGCACUAGAGCCUGAGCUGACGGAGAUACUGGCCAACAGUCGUGACCCCGAGGAGCUGAAGUACUAUUGGCAGCAGUGGUACGAUGCGGCAGGAGCACCGACGAGGGAAGAUUUUCAAACCUACGUCGAUCUCAAUGGCGAAGCAGCUGAGCUAAACAAUUACGAGUCGGGUGCCGAAUCAUGGCUCAGUGCAUACGAGGACGACACAUUUGAGCAACAAGUAGACUCGGUGAUUGAAGAACUACGGCCAUUUUACGAACAAAUCCAUGGGUACGUUCGACAUCGGCUAAGACAGUUUUACGGUGAGCAUGUCGUAUCGGAAAAAGGACCAAUCCCAAUGCACCUGCUUGGUAACAUGUGGGCCCAGGGCUGGGAGCAGAUUGCCGACAUCACAAGUCCUUUCGGUGAUCGACAACUAUUGGAUGUUACGGACGAGAUGGUUGCGCAAGGAUAUAAUCCAAUUCAAAUGUUCGAGAUGGGCGACCAGUUUUUCCAAUCGUUGAACAUGACGCAGGUCCCUCAGACCUUCUGGGAAAAGAGCAUUCUCGAGAAGCCAGAUGAUGGAAGAGACUUAAUUUGCCACGCCAGUGCCUGGGAUUUCUCGCAACAGGACGAUGUACGCAUCAAACAGUGCACUCGAGUGACGAUGGAGCAAUUUUUUACUGCGCACCAUGAGCUUGGCCACAUUCAAUAUUACCUGCAGUAUCAGCAUCUACCGAGCAUGUAUCGUGGUGGAGCCAAUCCUGGAUUCCAUGAGGCGGUUGGUGAUGUGCUUUCCCUUUCGGUUUCCACUCCAAAGCACUUGGAGAAGAUUGGCCUGCUGAAGGACUUCCUGCAGGAUGAAGAGUCAAAGCUUAAUCAGUUCUAUCGCUCAGCACUGACAAAGCUGGCCUUCUUACCUUUUGCAUACACGAUCGAUAAGUACCGUUGGGGAAUCUUCCGAGGAGAUAUUGAGCCAGAAGAGUACAACUGCAAAUUCUGGGAGAUGCGCUCAAAGUACUCCGGUAUUGAGCCGCCGGUGGUGCGCUCCGAGCUCGACUUUGACCCUCCAGCAAAGUACCAUGUGUCUGCGGACGUGGAAUACCUGCGGUACUUCGUGUCGUACAUUAUUCAAUUCCAGUUCCACCGUGCAGCUUGUGAGAAGGCCGGCGAAUACGUGAAGGGCGAUCCAGAGAAAACGUUGAACGAUUGUGACAUCUACCAGAGCGCUGAAGCUGGCAACGCCAUCAAAGCGAUGCUGGCAAUGGGAUCGUCGAAACCGUGGCCAGAAGCGAUGGAGGUCCUGACGGGAGAACGGCGUAUGAGUGCCGAUGCCCUGAUUGAAUACUUCCAACCGCUCUACGACUGGUUGGUGGUUGAAAACGAACGUCUGGGAGUAUACAUUGGCUGGGAACCAACCGACAAAUGUAUCUCACUAGACGAGGACUGA